AUGAAGAAGAAGAAGUGUGAGGAUUAUGUGAAAGCCCUAGAAGCGGAGCGUAGCAAGAUUCAAGAUUGUGAAAGUGAGCUCUCUUUUUCUCUCGAACUCCUCACGCAGGCAAUUGAGGCAUGCAAGCUGCAGCAGCUGUCUGGGACGACAGCUGAGCACAAUUUAUUAAAACAGCUGGUGGACUGUAAUUGGGAGCAGAAGUGUCGGGAUGCGCCUGUUCUGGAGGAGUUCAUCGCUAUCAAGAGAGCUGUUUGUGGUUCGGAUUCGGAGGAUGAAGAACAUGAUGAUUCCAAGAAGCCAAGAAAUGAUGAUACAAAUAUCAGCCAGAAUAUUGGCAAGAAAGCAGACUGGCUUAGAUCUGUGCAGCUUUGGAAUCAAGGCCAACCCGAUCCACAGGGUUCGCCCAAAAGAGUUACAGUCUUGGAGGCGAAGAAGAUAAACGGCGGCAGUGGUGGUGCAUCCACCAGUUCCGCGGCGGAGAGCGGCAGCGCUGACAAGAAGGGAUCAGGAAAAGAGGGGCAGUUGCAUGCGAGAAAAGUCCGGCGGCGUUGGUCGCCGGAGAUGCACAACAAAUUCUUGCAAGCCAUUCAGCAACUAGGUGGCUCAGAAGCAGCUACGCCUACACAGAAUAGGAAAAUAAUGAAUGUCUAUGGACUCACCCACGAUGAGGUUAAAAGCCAUUUGCAGCAUUAUCGACUGCAAACAAGAAGAAGAAGACCGAACCCUUCCAUUCACUGCACUGCAAUGGCUACCGCCGCCGGCACCACCACCACCACAUCUGCUCAGGAAACCGCCGCCGCCACCACCACCACCACCACCUACACAUCUGCAGUUCCUUUAUCUAUCCCGGAGGCAUCGACUUCUUCGAAACAAGAAACCAAGUUGACUAAUUCUGGCGACAGAGGAAGCAGCGGCGCCGGCGAGCAUUCCUUCACACCAAUCCUGUAA